UAUACUCUAUGCUAAAACUCAAUUCUAAAAUCACUGUUCAUUUUGUUUGUCUUUUAGCAAAAUGAAUAGUGACUUAACGGUUUUGCCCUCCCUUUAUUUGGUAUUUGCAUGGUUUAGCGACAUCUCUAUGAAUAUGAAUUUACGCUUCUACCCCUUAGUGUUAUUGUGAUUCGCAGAGGACUGUUGUUAACACUGUGUCUGCCCACAGCAAAUCAACUCUUCUUUGCCGCCUCCAACUAAAUUAGUACCCAAAAGCCACUACCUUCUUCUCUCUCUCCCCCCCCCCCCCCCCCCCUUCAAGCUCACACAUACUUUUCUCUCCGAGCCCUAUUUGGAUUUCGAAACACAAGAAUUCCAUUCCUUCUUCAAGAAACACCGCGAGACUUCAUCAAUGGCGUCGAGACUAGCUUUGCUUGCAUUUGUUUUUGCGCUGGUGGUGAAUGUCGUCGCCGCUUCUUCAAGCCCGUCCUCUCAGCACCGACGUCGGCCUCGUCAAGAGCCAAGUUACCUGAAGUUUGUUCCCAACGCCACUGACUUCCCAUCGGAAGACUACUAUGACUACAUUAUCAUGGGAGGUGGCACUGCUGGGUGCUCUUUGGCUGCGACACUAUCAUCCAGGUUUCGGGUCCUCCAACUUGAAAAAGGUGGUGUUGCUUAUGGCAAUCGAAACUUGAUGACCCAGGAAGGUUUCUUGGCCGCACUCAUGGAUGUCAACAACUUUGACUCCCCGACACAAGCCUUCACAUCUGAAGAUGGUGUUCCAAAUGUCCGAGGACGCAUUCUUGGAGGCAACAGUGCCAUAAAUGCUGGUUUCUAUAGCCAUGCAGAUCACGAAUCCUACAAAAGGUCCACUUCCAAAUGGGAUCUUAAAUUGGUGAAUGACUCCCAUGAGUUGGUUGAAAGAGCAACUGUCUUCAGGCCUGAUCUUAGGAAUUGGCAGUCAGCAGUUCGAGAUGGCUUAUUGCAAGCUGGUAUUGAUCCCUAUAAUGGGUAUUGUUUUGAUCAUGUAGUGGGGACCAAGACUAGUGGUUCGACAUUUGAUACUUUGGGAAGGAGACACAGUGCUGCUGACCUUCUUAAAUAUGCAAAGCCAUUGAAUAUUCGAGUUGCAGUGCAUGCCACUGUGGAAAAAGUUUUGUUGGCUUCAUCUACUUCAUCUCCAGUGUCGAGGCAGUCUACUGUUGGAGUUGUUUUUCGUGACAGAAGUGGGAGGUAUCACCAUGCUAUGCUACGAAAACAUGGAGAGGUCCUUCUCUCAGCUGCUUCAAUUGGAACUCCACAGCUGCUUCUACUUAGUGGUUUUAGCCCUAGGCCUUGUCUUCCAUAUCUGGAGAUCCCAGUCCAUGCGCAUGCAGCUGAAUCAGCCAAAGCCAUUGCAUCUCCUGCCCGCUCUGUCCACUCAAACCCUGGCAAGGUUCUAAAAAUCGCUAAGCGCUAGUCGGGCGGAGGCUAGGGGACUAGCGCUCAGGCGCCUAGGCGGAUUUGUAUUUUUUAAUUUUAUUUUUAUUUUUAUAGCAUUUAUUUACAUAAUUAAGAAUAUUUCAAGACCUAAAACCUUAAGAAAAAAACAAAGACUUAGAGAGUAUAUGGGGAGUGUGUUAUUGUCUCCAUCUAUUAAAACAAAACAGGUGUGUGUUACUGCACAACUUCAUCCCACGUGCCCUGGACCUUCUGGAUGUAU